GGUCAACAGCCAUUAACACGAUCGGUCUGAAUAUCAGUGAACUCGAGACGAAACUACCACUAAACGAACGAAACACGGCCAAAAACGUGAAGCCAAAAUCAAAAGUUGCGGCUUUUUCAUGUCUGACAACAAAACAAAUGCUCGCGCUCUAAACGAUUAGCAAAUAACAAAAAAUAUAAAAACCAAAAUACAAGAAGAAAAGCGAAAGUUUCGAACAAAUCAAACAGAAAGUUGCCAAGAAUAUUGAAGAAGGCGCGGAGGAGGCACAGAGUGAGAGCGAGAAGAGGAGUCACAUCGUACCACAUCACGCAAAAAGCACAGCCAAGCAUCGCCAUGCCAUCGAACAGCCAUCCCCGCCUAGUGUUCUAUUUGCUGUGCGUAGCCUCCUUGCUGGCCGUGGCCCGCUCCGAGACCGGUAGUAGCAAAAAUUCCUACUUUAUGUCGUAUUUUUAUUAUUUGAUUUUGAAUUUUGUCAAUCCCUACGCCUUUCCGAUUUACCAAAGAAUUGUACAUAUUUUAAAAUUAAGGAGCCCGCCUGGCGAAGAUUUGGCCUAUGAAGCGGCCAAGCAACUUGGGAUUCUCAAUCAUCGUCUCAAUCUUCUUAGACUGGAGGAGGAGUCUAGGCAGAUAUCCUUACCCAAUGUCACAGUUGGCAAUUUGCUGAGCAGCAUUCCGUGUUCCUGCGACAAAGGAGUUUGCAAAUGCUGUGCAGGCUUUUUGGCCGUGAUCGGCAUGAAUUCUUGUACUGAAAUUGUGUAUCGGCCCGAGGAGUUCUCGUUUGAACUACGUAUGAAAGUCAACAAUAACGUCUGGUUCAAAAGGAAAGUAUCCGGUCAAAAUCCCCCGCCCAUGUGCUUCCGUCCGCCCCGAUUCGGAUUUGCCCAGGCGUGCGUGCAGUUCCACGAUAUUUGGUUUUUGGGCCGCAACAUGCACGUGUGCAUGUUCAUGUCGGCCUCGUUCCAAGGAUAUGAGUUGUUCGAAAGAAACUUCGAUUGUCUGAUUUUUGGAGAUAAAGGUGUUAAAAUAGUGAAGCCUGAAGAGGGCUAUCCUGUACGUCCGGGCGAUGUUGAAGUCGAUGAUGACAACGAUGAAAUUGAGGACUAUGACGAGAAUGUCGUUAGGAAGAAACGUCAUUUCCCAAGGAAGCCUUUCCAUGUGACGCCAUAGAUGGCUAUAGGCCCCACGGCAGAGUGAGGUUAACUACUACGCCGUUAAAUAGUUGUUUAUUGUUAUGACCUUUUUAAUUAUAUUUAUUGUUUUUAUUAUGUUUAUAGACUUUCUAGAUCCAUUUAUAAAUUGGAAAACAAAUUCUAAU